CAGGAGACGGCGAUGGCGGAUCCGGACCUGGCGGCGCUGCCGCUGCCUCAGCUCCGGGCGAAGCUGCAGGAGGAGCGCGACGCCAUCACCCUGCUGCGAAUUGAGGUGGAAAUGUUUGAGAAAUGGUGCCGUAAGUUGGAGUCGUGCGGGCCCUCGCUCCAGCCGCUGUCCCAGCCGCAGGACGCCCCGCCGGAGCUGAUGCAGAUACGUGGCAGGUGCAAAUCCAAGUUGCAUAGUGUGACAGACUGUACUGUAGGCCUGACAGUGGAGCAGAAAUGUGAACUGAUUGAGUGGGAGCUGGCUGAGGUGAAGGAUGAGAUUCAGAGGAUGAAGGAGGACUCGGAGCAGACCCUGCAGAACCCUGAGGCAGUCAUUGAAGAAGCAGAUAUUUGGUGGGCUGAUAUUAAGAAAUCCAUCAGUGACUUUGAGAAAGACAUCAUGAGCUCUAUAUCCAGCAAGAAAGGGAGUAACACAGCUUCUGAGAAGGUGCUGAGAUACCUGGAGGAGAAGAACCACCAGAGGGAUCUGCUGAGAGAGAAGUUGCUCUCAGAAAACUGUUUGCUCAAGGAUUACAAGAAGAAGCUGCAGCAGCAGCUCAGGCAGAAGGACCAGAUGGGAGAGACACUCUGUGAGGUUCAAGUGCAGCAGCUGAAGGUUAGAAAUGCCCAGUACCAGGAAAAGAUCAAGGAGAAGAAUGAGGAGCUGCUGCAGCUCAAACUGACCUCCCAGAAGACCACCCAACUCCUCAACUUCUAUAAAAAGAAGCUGCAGGACGCCAUGGAAACGUCCACUUCUCUGAUGAAAGACAUCUCCCAGAGGAAAGAGCUGCUGAAGAAAAUUCGAAGAGAAGCUGCUCUGGUGGAGGAGCAACGAGCCGAAGCUGAAAGAGUGAAUCGGCAGCUGCGGAAGAAGCUCUCAGAGUACAGAGGCCCCUCCGUGCUGAGUUACGUUCAGAAGAAGAUGGCAGUUGCUGACCUCGAGAAGAGCAUCAAGGUUUGGCAGAGGAAGGUGGCAGUUGCUGAGAUGACCUUGCAAAGCUAUCGCAGAGCAUGGAACAAGGUCAAGAUGUCUGGUAACCAGUACUAGUCUUGUCUGAUGCUGCAAGGCAGGCAGUGGAAGCUGCAGAAGGAGCCAACCCUGUGGGGAAGUUGGCUGUCAAGUGGGUAAAUGUAGCACCCUGCAAGCUGCAGUGAAAUGAAACCACUUCUGUGUGAAGCGAUAAAGAAGCCCAUGUCUCUGCUGUGAGGCUGUCUCCUUGGUCUGUCCCAGCAUGUGCUGACUUCCACCAGG